GGGCUUUGGACACAGCACAACUUUUCUUGGUCUUUGUUCCUUUAAACUGACUGCGAGUUCGUGAUUUCAUCAAAUAUUCAUUUCUGAGCUUAUGCUAGAGAUAGGGUGGGCUACUAUAUCUUUCUUCAAAAAACUUAUUGAAAAGAAGGAUAUUGUCGUACCGAGCACAAGAAAUCGCUUCUGUAAUCUUUCAUACUUCUUCAUCAAUAAGAACACCAAACAUCACCAUGCCAAAUACAGAACAUUACGUUCUCAAACGCAGCGGUUGGCUCUUACUACUCUCCUUCACGGGUAUCUCAGCAUCUUGUCUCCGCGGGGGCAUCUGCAACGAUUUUCUCCUCAUCGAUCUCGGCAAGAAACCUUCUCCACGUCGAAUAUCUGAUCGCGAGCUGGACUGUGUUUCUUGUCGGAGGGGGCUUAAAAUGUUACAAAAACGAGUUAAGACUGAAGGGCUCAAGACACCUUUUUGGACUUUGGUAUUCAAGUAUAAGGAGGAGAAGAAGAUCUCAGCUGCUCGCAAUUUGGUUCUGGGGAGUUUUUUGGCAAUAGGAUGCGCGGGGCUGUGGAAGACGAGGGGGGUUUGGGGGAGAGGGGGUUGGGGGUGGUGGGUGGUUCCGACGGGGCUGGGGCUGGGGUCUUGGGUGGCUUUCUUUGAGGAUAUGGUUUGGGUGGGGGACAAUAUGGAGAAGUUGAUGUUGGAGGAUGAUUCAGAUUAUUCGGAUGAUACUGAUGAUACGGAUUUAUGCGAAUUAUGCAGAUGAUGAGAAUGAUGAGAAUGAUCAGGGUGAUGAUAUUGUUAUAACUUCUUUCCUAUAAGUGAAUGAUUGAAGUAUUGAAGUAUCGAGGUGGGACUAUGUGAUUAAUGAAAGCUAGCAGAGGCUACUCGUUCUGUGAAAUAGUUUUUUGGAAACACAAUUCUAAUUCGGCCAUGUUCGGCAAUGAAUAAUAACCCGUCGUUGGCUGCA